AUGGACACACCGGACUGUCAGCAAGUUCAAGGUCUCGCUGGAGAAAAUUCUAAGCUGUGGGACCAAAAUGUGCAACUUUCCAGUCAAAUCAGCCACUUGCAGAGCAGAUUGAGUCAUCUAUCCGCUUCCAACAACAACCUUACUGCAAGGCUGAUGCAGAGUGAAGAAGAGAAAUUGAAGGUGUCCAAGGAGCUGUUGGAGGAGAAACUUCAGUUCAGUCAAGCAAUGAUGCGGUCGGAAAAAGAGGUGUUUGACCUAAAGGAGAACACCGUCUUGUCUGCGGUUACCAUUGUUGAGGUAAUAAGCCAACUCAGCGUGACGUCAGACCUACAGAUGGAGCGAGAUAAACUACUCCAAGAACUUCGGUCAGCCCAGGCUUGCGUUCAGGCUGGAGAAGAGAGCGGAAAGGAGCUGAGAGACGACCUCACUACCCUCAAGAACAGCUUUCUGGCCUUGUCACAGGCUCAUGACACUGAAGUGAAGCACAAUGAAGAGCUGAGCUCUGACCUUGAUGAGCUUAGACGCAUGUUGGAAGAAAUGAAGAACAGUUGUGAGGCGCUACUAAAGAGACUCACGGAGCAAGUUGUGGCAUUAAGUCACGAACACAAGGACGACGAGCGAGAGAUUCAUAGCAGACAGCCCAAGCUAUCUGAGCAGAGUCAAAGGGGAAAAAAAGCCAACAGUAGGAGGGCAGCAUGUUCUGACUGGCGUUCUCUCUCUCUUCUGAGCAUCCAGAGCACUGUGAAAGAGUUGGAAGCAGAGAACUCCAAUUUGGAGUUGCAGUUAAAACACCUGAACAAAGAGUAUCGCACAAGGCUUGUGUGCUACCUUCGUGACAUGAUGGUGAAUAAUGACCUCACGCAAUUGGAUCGUCAUGGAAAAACCAGGGCUAGAUUCAUGAAGGAGUUGGUUGACAGAGUUCUACAGGAUAUUCGCUCGACCGACUGAGUCAGGGAGGAGCAGUUAGCAUCUGCAACCAGCCUCUAUAAGAAGAAACUGCACAGGAUCACAAAGGCACAUCAGGAUCUACUUGUUGCUCACAGUCUUAUUCUCAGCAUUCAGAGGGACACGUUCAAAACAAGCGGUGGCCAUGGACCGUCCGAUCUCCAACCAGAGCUCAGUGAAGAAGCUCACCUGGACAAGGUUCAGGAGGUGGCAGUUCUCCCUGCUCUCACAGUGAGCUGCCCAGAGGCCAGUGAACUGGCUCAGGCAUGUGACGCUUCCUGUGUGGACAAAGUAAAGCAGCUGAAGCCGCUGUCCUCUGAGGAAAGCUUGGAAAAGGAGCGAGCCGCUCUCAUCACGAGAGCAACAGCAGCUGAAGCAAAGGUUUUUGAGCUGCAGAGGUACAGGGACAAUCAACUGGCCAGCUCAGGUGUGAAAGCCAAUGACAACAACGAGCAGUUUCUGUUUUACCUGUUGGUGCAGUUCAACUGA